GUUCCUCUGCAUCCAAAAGAGUCUCAGCUCGGCAGUAAGUUAAUUUGGUUGGGCCCUCGUGUCUUUGUGGAAGCCGAUGACGCUGCAUGUUUUGUCGAAGGUGAUUGUGUCACCUUUAUUAACUGGGGAAAUCUGUUGAUCACGAAGAUUUUUCGGGCCUCUGAUAGCGGUGCUGUUAUUUCCGUUGAAGCGCAACUGAAAUUGGAAGAUACGGACUUUAAGAAGACACAGAAGGUUACUUGGUUGGCCGACUCAUCCAACGUGCCAGACGGGGCCGGUUUAUUCUGUCCUGUUGCCUGCAUUGUCUACGGCAACCUUAUAACCAAUGCUCUGAUAGGAAAGGAUGAGGACUUCAAAAAGUUUGUUAAUUACAAUUCUAAGGAAGAAACCUGCCUGCUUGCCGAGCCAUGUCUUCGAUCUCUGAAGAAGGGUGAUAUUAUUCAAUUUCAGCGGCGUGGUUUUUACAUUUGUGACGAGCCAUACCAAGCAUCUCAGUAA